UGCGAAGUCGCAAAGACGAAAAGCAGGCUGGAUUGACUGUCGGCUGGACUGAGGCUAGAAUUUGAUAUCCGGUGAUUUACGAAAUCGCCAACGAUACUGUCGAUGCAGAGAGCCAGUUGUCACGCGUUUGGAUUUGCAGAUGCCUAGACGCUAUUUUAAAUUUUGAGAAAGAACACAAAUUUUGAACAAUCUCUGGUGACGAAGAAAUUGUACCAAGUUCUGUGAAAUCAACAGGAACUCGUUUCGUUCAGAAAUUAUCAAUUAAGAUAUCACUAACUUUCUAAGAAACUGUUUUACCAAGGAUAACGAUACGAUGAGGUUAUAGCAAGCAUGUAUGAUGGAUUGGAUAAGCCGUUAUUUGGCGAGGCAAGACCAAGGGAUCGCUGCUUUAAUUAUGUGGUCGGAGCAGUCACGGUGAUUUUAGUAUGUGAGACCUUGAUUAGCUCCUUGGUGUUCCCAGCUUUCCCACCCAAGGCAAUCAAUGUCUUCCUUGCUUCUAUUAUCUCAAUGAUCUGCAUAUCAGAACUCACUCUGAUUUAUUGGUACAGACAAGGAGAUGUUGAUCCCAAGUUUCGAAAGCUGAUCUACUUCAACUCAUUUACAACUAUUUUGUUGUGUAUAUGUGCAAAUGUCUACUUUCACAAGAAAUUCAAGGAAGACGAUUAAAUAUGUGAAUUUCAAAACUUCUGAUCUACAAAAUGAGCUAUUUAUUUUGAAUGCAUUACAUCCCUUUCUUCUUCUUUAGAUAUUUAAUAAGCAUGUGUCGUGUCUAAUGUGUUAAUUGUGCAUAGCUCUUGCUACUUAUGAAGGGCACCAUGUUAAUGUUGGUGCAUGUGCUAUUGAGAAAUUCAGCUGUACGUGACCAUUAGACUGUGAUGUUGUAAUAACACUGUGAUGUUGUAAUAACACUGUGAUGUUGUAAUAACACUGUGAUGUUGUAAUGAAAGCAAUAUAUUAAAUAAUUUUUCUAAGUAACUUUGAUCCUAGCAACAAAGUUGUGCUCAUAAUUAAGUCCAAUCUCUAAGAAUUGUUGCCAAAUCACUCUUAAUAAUGAAUUGCACUGUUUACCUUGGUUCUAAUUUUGUAGUCUGUGAUUAGUGUCAAUGAAAGAUUUGGACGGUGCUUCUCUGAGGUAAACAAUUUAUCAUUAGGUUUAGUCCAGAUGAAAGACAAUUCAUAGUCAAGUGUUUUCUUUGCAACAUAUACUUAACAUAGAAAAUCUGUUACUCUUUUGUUGAUGGAUCUGUAAAACCAUAAGUGUAACCGAUUUACAUUUUACUUGACUUUUGGCAGCAUUAAGUUUGUACUUAGAUAUUAUCUUAUGCCUACAGUGUCAUAGCUAGAAAGGAAAGUCAUUUGCUCUUAGAAAAUAAUCAUCAUUAUUUCCAUACACUUGUGAAGAAGUUUAUCUUGUUUACCUUGGACAAUAUGUGAAAUUUCAUUCAUUCGCCUCUUACAUUAGUCUUUGACAUCUUUGCAGGAUAAUAUAUUGACCAUUUUGGUUGAUGUAGAAGAAACAAUUAAAAGUUUAGGCCAAACUUCAUGGCAUUUGGAAAUAAAUCAAAAUAUUUUUUUUAAAGACAUUAUAUUAAACUUUGUUGGUGAAAAUAAAGUUGUCAAAGAAUUGAA